ACAGUCAUAGAAACAGCCGGGAUUUUCAGUAUAAAAAGGAACGGAACCCAGAGUGCGGCACAGCAGGAACUUACCGAAGGAACAGAUAUAUCUAAAUUUGAUAACAGAAAAGGCAUUUAGGAAGGAACGAUGAAGUCCAGGAUUCUUAUCGGUUUACUUGUAUUAAUCGUCUUGUUUAAUACCGGAGAGGCCGCUCUUUCCGAAUGGACAACACCAGUUAUAGGUACUGCAACCGGAAGUGGGAGUUUGUCAGUUGCCGAAGACCAAGCUCUUUCAACAACAAUUCACACGCUUGCAGCCACUGGUGCUGCAACGAUAACUUAUUCGCUACUGUCUACAGGUACUCCUUUUGCAGUAGCUGGUACAGGUGAACUUACAAUUACCUCCGCUCUUGACUACGAGACAACUACUUCCUACGUAAUAGAAGUUGAGGCGGUUGAUGACGACCCUACGACGGGAACGGCAACCAUUACUGUGUCUGUGACUGAUGUUAAUGAACCGACAUUUGGCUCUUCAUCAUACAGUCCAUGCAUUCUCGACGGUUCUGUGGCAGAUACCACAUUGACCACUGUUUUAGCAACUGAUGCGGAUACCGGUGACACAGUUACUCACGCUAUAGCAGGUGGAAACACAAAUACUGACUUCAAAAUUGCUGCUGCGACAGGUGUCAUCCAAGUAAAUACAGGCAAAACUCUCGCCAAAGCAACAAAUCCAAGUUACAAUCUUGUAAUCGAAGCCGAUGACGGAAGUCACACAUCGACAACCACAGUCACAGUAACAGUUGCUGAUUCUUGCAAUGGUGUGGCAGCUGUUGGUUUCAGCAUGCUGGCAAUUUUGAUGGCUUUUCUUGUAGCAAAAAUUUAAGUGUUAAAAUGCCGGUAUCUUGUGUAAAAAAUCCGUAAUUUCAAACGGAUUUAUUAUGAAUGCUUUGUCUCUAAACAUAUGUUUGAAAUAACCUAACAAACGAUAUAUUACAAUGAAAUCUUAAUCAGGUGUAUUAGACCCACUUUGUUUGAAAAAGAACUCUGAAGACUGAUACCCCUUUGGCAGUAAAUGAAAAUGAGCGUAUAAGAACAAAGGUAAAAUCUUGUAGUACCGACAAGAUAUUUUUGCAAUAUUGCAAUACCGGCGUUUAUCAAAUUGUUUCUAUAUGCAUUAUAGUGCAGGUAUUUUAGGUGAGAUGCGCGUUCUUGAAUAAUUAAUUAUAUUUGUAGUACUUAUAUCAUUUUUAAGAUGACAUAUUGGCUGUAAACUGAACUGCCGUGAUAGGCUUAUAAUUUAUUGCAAACAGUUAAACAAAAAAUCUUAACUUAUUUUGGUUCUACACGAACUUCAUGAUAUGUAAUAAUGAAAUGAAACUUGAUUUCCCAUUGAAAAGAUGUAGCCAUAAACUAUUAUUAAGUGUUCAAGAUUUUGUGCUAUUCCCUUUAGUACUGUAUUUGUGUGUGUGUGUGACGUACUUACUGUGAUUUGUUUGGAAAAUGAUACCAGUAAUGAGAUACAAGUUUAUCGAUGUUUGGGUCAUUUUCCUUGAGUUUUGUAUUUGUUUUCGUAAAUGCUUAUUCACAUUUCACUUGUGAAUAUCUGAAAAUGUCAAAUCCAACAAAUAUUUACUGACAGUGUUAAAUAUGUUAAAACAUGAUUUUUUUAACUAAAUAGUUUAAUGAAAUUUCUAGCAAAUAUUUACUGACAGUAUUAACUUUCUUCAUACAUGAACAAAAAAUGUUAUAAAAUAUUUUGAUGAAAUUUGCACAUCAUUAAUGACUUUCGUAUGAAUGACUGACCAAUAUAAUAUAACAUUUGUCUAGCAUACUGAUAUCUUAAUACUCUUGUAUCAUGUUGUCAUUGUUUGAUGUGAAAAUAAAAGAAAUGACACAGUUAUUUGUGGAUACUUCAAAGUC